CUCUUGAGAUGGUAUACUCCGGCACCGGCAUACACCGGGACACAAGAUAUGUCAGAGCGGUUUGAUAACGUUGAUCUUGCCAGACAAAGCGAGUACCCAUCAUGGCCGCGGUGUGUACUGCCUCCCGUGUCCUCGCCAAAAAGGUGCUGUCAGCCAAGGCGGUAAGUAUUUGGAAACAAACUGUUGCUUUAGAAUAUCACUAUGAACUACUUUAUAUGUUGGCUUCGCGAAUGUGUCCAUAUGAGCUGAUAUUCGCAGUACCUUGUUUGGUAACAUCAGUAGGUCAAUGAUGGUUCACCAUUGCUGUGGUUUCGUAACGUAGUCAACGUUAGCUACUGUAGCUAUCAUUUUCUAUACAAUACGAAGAGGGCGCUAGCUUCGUUUCUGUCGCAGUUUCAAUGUUGUCAUUUGACAUUUCCAUGGCAAUUCGAUUCUGACGAAUAACUUGAUUAAUAUACUUUGUAUUGCUUGAGUAUUUCGGGUGGGUUGAAUCUUGCUGUAGCCAUAAACAUCAGUGCAUUGAAGGUCAAGCAAGGCAAGUUACUUAAGAAUCUGUUAGCAAUGUGGCUAACCAAGGAUUAGCCUAGUUCCCAGUGGGCCAAUUCGUUUUUCAUGGCCCGGUGCCCGGUGAUACGGUGUAUUUAGUUUUUUGGGGACAAUUGCAUUGGGCCUAAGGAGAAAUCUCCAAUCACCGGGUAACCGGGCCAUGCAAAACGAACUGUUGGCUGAGUUCGUUUGUGUUGUCAGUAAAAACACUGAUUUAUAUUUUAUCACAAAUAAUGUCUCUCGACUGUUUUUUCAUUUGAAUGUAUGCUGUGUUUUAAGAGGGGAUGUUGAGACUAUGGCACAUUUUUUAGCUAGCUAGAGUUGUUUUGAGGAUGUUUGGUUGCGGACGAAAAGCAAGGAAGCUGUUUGUUUAGAUGGGAGGACGUGAGAAUACUCUACGAUGCCAGAGACAUUUACCUAGCUAUAUGAUUUUGAAAUCAAUAUAUUUGUCACGACAUUAUAAUGUAAAUUAGUCUGAACACUCCUACAAAUUAGUCUGUGUUUACACACCUACAAAUGUGUAUCUUUCCUCUCAGAAAUAUUGGUUGAAAUGCUUUUAAGAAGCCCUAUUGUACACGUGUAAUGAUUUUGUAACACAACUAGGCAACUUUGUUGAGGCAGUGUUCUCACCUUAGUUAUGUCACAAUCAGCUGUUUGGGUUUCUGCUGCAUUUGAAAACAGUGAGCAAACUAGACUAACUUUAGAAACCCAUAGUAAAGGCAUACAUUGACUUGAAGAAAAAACCCAUUCCAUUGUGUGGAUUAGCCGAGUGUUUAUUUAAGCAAUUUAGUACUUUCAUCAAUAGCCAAGCAUAGCCUAUGAGUUAGGCCUAUAUUUACCAAGUUUUUUUUUCCCCCAAUUUAGCUUCCGGCAGUAUCCCAGAGCUCCAGGAAGCUCCACUUCUCAAUCUAUGGGAAGAACAACUCUAAAGUGUCAGAUGGCGUAAGUCUGCAUACUCCCAUGUUCAUCAUUGACAGUACUGUAUGAAUGGAUUCAAUAUUUUUUUGCACAAACUAUAUUGACUUUUAGAUUGUUAUUUGUCUCAGUGCUUGUAGAGGCGAUUGUUAUUUGUCUCAGUGCUUGUAGAGGCAAUUUGUAUAAACAAAACUCUUAACUAGAGAAAAUACUGAAAUGUAGCUAUAUGGUUUGUGACUGUUUUGUGGGUCCUUGCUUACAGAUUUCCACACAGUACCCCGUGGUAGACCAUGAGUUUGAUGCGGUGGUUGUGGGUGCCGGCGGAGCAGGUCUGCGUGCUGCUUUCGGCCUGUCUGAAGCUGGCUUCAACACAGCUUGUGUCACAAAGCUGUUCCCCACCAGGUCACACACAGUGGCUGCACAGGUAGGUGAAGUUAUAUCUACAAGAAUCAAUGGAAAGUGACCAUGUCAAAGGAGGGAAUAUCCCAGAUGGUCCCCUUUUUUAAGUGAAGUGUUGCGUUUUUAACUGUUCAUUAUAAUGAGGCCACUUUCACUCUGUUUGCAUUAUCCACAGAAGGCAGCAAUGCCAUUUAAAAUCACAAUGACUCAAUCAUAUCCCACUGCAGUGGCGUUAUCAGCCACCUUAAUGUGUUACACUUGUAUUAAGCCUACCUCCAUGCAGUCUCUACAUAAAGCCGUCCAAAGUUCAUGCUGAUCAUGCACUUUGAAACGGCCCUUGACCUACUCUCUGCACUGACAAUAUGCCCAUUAAUUCUGUAAGAUUAUUUAUCUUUCUCCCAGUGGUCCUAAACAGUUGUUUUUGCAUUUAGGGUGGGAUCAACGCAGCCCUUGGGAACAUGGAGGGAGAUGAUUGGAGGUGGCACUUCUAUGACACGGUGAAGGGAUCUGAUUGGCUGGGAGACCAGGACGCCAUCCACUACAUGACAGAGCAGGCUCCACAUGCCGUGGUGGAGGUGAGACACACACACAUACAGUUUUUCCAGUGCUCUAGAUCUGUCAGAGGGAUAAAGCAAGACGGGAACUUAAAUGAAACUAUGCCUCUGAUAGUUCUUCUGUGGCAAAUAUUGUCAUGUAUGGAAAGGAUAACCAACAGCCUCUUGAAAGGGGAGCUGGAAGAAGGGACUAUCAGGGGAAUGUGGCAUGCUAACAGUGGAGAUAAAAGCAUGGUCCAUCAGUGGAGAUGGGAGAGGGGUCCAUCAGGGGAAUGUGGGGGAAGAAGGGUCCAUCAGGGGAAUGUGGAGAUGGAAGAAGGGUCAGGGAAGUGUGGAGAUGGAAGAAGGUCCAUCAGGGGAAUGUGGCAUGCUAACAGUGGAGAUGGAAGAAGGGUCCAUCAGGGGAAUGUGGCAUGCUAACAGUGGAGAUGGAAGAAGGGUCCAUCAGGGGAAUGUGGCAUGCUAACAGUGGAGAUGGAAGAAGGGUCCAUCAGGGGAAUGUGGCAUGCUAACAGUGGAGAUGGAAGAAGGGUCCAUCAAGGGAAUGUGGAGAUGGAAGAAGGGUCCAUCAGGGGAAUGUGGCAUGCUAACAGUGGAGAUGGAAGAAGGGUCCAUCAGGGGAAUGUGGCAUGCUAACAGUGGAGAUGGAAGAAGGGUCCAUCAGGGGAAUGUGGCAUGCUAACAGUGGAGAUGGAAGAAGUGUCCAUCAGGGGAAUGUGGCAUGCUGUCCUGUCCUCUUUCAUCCCUUCUGAUGUACCAAAACAAGUGGAAGUGGCCUUUCAAUGCCCUUAAUCUGCUCUGCAAUGUUGUGUAGCUGCCUUUAUGUAGACUUAAACAAUUUGAUUUAAUACAUUCUGUGUAAUUAAAUAAUUAGCUAAAAUGCAAGUGUAUUAGUGUAAUUAUGUAGCCUCUAAUUUUGGGGGGAUUCAGUUGAAAUCACCCUAAUCACAAAGGAUUGGCACAACAUCAAAACAAACACUGAUAGGCUGAUCAAAUUAAAGCAUUCAUGUAUUAUUUCUUAGCUAACUUAAUUUGUCUAGCUUCCUGUUAUGAAAAUAACUGUUGUGAAGCAGUGAUUUGACUGUUUUGCGUCCCCAGCUGGAGAACUUUGGCAUGCCCUUCAGCCGUACCGAGGAUGGUAAGAUCUACCAGAGGGCUUUUGGAGGCCAGAGUCUGAAGUUUGGCAAAGGAGGCCAGGCCCACAGGUGCUGCUGCGUAGCUGACAGAACCGGCCACUCCCUCCUGCACACACUCUACGGACGGGUACGUCACACUCUCUGUACUCAAAAUCCCAUAAUUCACCACUUGCAGUCCUCUGAAUCCCCUUUUACUGACACACUGCUUUUAGAAUCCCAAAAGUCAAAUUCUGACCUGUUUAUGCCAGUCAGUCAUCUAUCACUCUUCUAUGCUUCUCACUUAUUUAGUCUCUGAGGUACGACACCAGCUACUUUGUGGAGUACUUUGCCCUGGACCUGCUGAUGGAGGAUGGAGAGUGCAAGGGAGUGAUUGCUCUGUGUAUGGAGGAUGGAUCCAUCCACCGCUUCAGGUCCAAGAACACGGUCAUCGCCACAGGGUAUGUAUUCAGGUCCAAGAACAGUCAUCGCCACAGGGUAUGUAUUCAGGUCCAAGAACAGUCAUCGCCACAGGGUAUGUAUUCAGGUCCAAGAACAGUCAUCGCCACAGGGUAUGUAUUCAGGUCCAAGGACAGUCAUCGCCACAGGGUAUGUAUUCAGGUCCAAGAACAGUCAUUGCCACAGGGUAUGUAUUCAGGUCCAAGAACAGUCAUCGCCACAGGGUAUGUAUCUGGUUCUCUGUGUCGGGUGUUUCUGUAGCGAAUAAGUAUAGUUAGAUAGUUAGAAGGCUUGUUCCAAAUAAUCUGGUAACUUUUUUUUUUAAUCCGCACCUGAACAGAAGGUGCCUCCUUGAUGACAAUUUAAAGUGCUCCUAUUGUGCCCUGAGUCUUAAUCCUGCCUCUCUGCUCAAUCUAGUGGUUAUGGCCGUACCUACUUCAGCUGCACCUCAGCCCACACCAGCACAGGAGACGGUAAUGCCAUGGUGACCCGUGCUGGCCUGCCCUGCCAAGACCUGGAGUUUGUCCAGUUCCACCCCACAGGUCGGUGUCCUAUAUCAGAUUGGCAAUAGAGACCUGUCUGCUAGGGAAUGGAUUUACGAGACGGAAAGAACAUUAAAUAAUCAUUUAUUGGAGAAAAAAUGGAUUAGCACUCAGAAUAGACCUAUCAGAAGUGUCAUCUUGAAAAUUUUUCUCUGCUUAGUCGGAAGGUAAUUGCUGAAUAAUUAUGUGUGUUUCAUGACAUAGCUAGUAUCGUUGAUGUCGGAUAAGUCAAAUGGUCAUGUAAGUCAGAGGGCUGGCAGACUAACCCUUUACAUACUGUGGAUACAUAAUCAUACUAUAAUUAUCAUUGGGUGUGAAGUGCCCUCCCUCAGUGCUGGUUUCAUAUAACUUGUGACCUAACAUUAUCCCUCUAGGCAUCUAUGGAGCCGGCUGUCUGAUCACAGAGGGUUGCCGUGGUGAGGGAGGAAUCCUCAUCAACAGUGAGGGUGAGCGCUUCAUGGAGCGGUACGCUCCUAACGCCAAGGACCUGGCCUCCAGAGACGUGGUGUCCCGCUCCAUUACCAUCGAGAUCCGAGAGGGCAGGUAAGAUCCCCGCCAGGUGUCUUCCAUGACCACCCACAGAAUCAUUGGACUGAUGCUAGAUAACUGAAACAUACAGUGCCUUCAGAAAGUAUUCAACCCCUUUGUUAUGGCAAGCCUAAAUAAGUUCAGGAGGAAAAAUGUGCUUAACAAGUCUCAUAAUAAGUUGCAUUGACUCACUCUGUGUUCAAUAAUUUUUGAAUGACUACCUCAUCUCUGUAACCCACACAUACAAUUAUCUAUGAGGUCCCUUAGCCGAGCAGUGAAUUUCACACACAGAUUCCACAAAGACCAGGGAGAUUUUCCAAUGCCACGCAAAGAAGGGCACCUAUUGGUAGAUGGGUAAAAAAAUGAAAAAGCAGACAGGUCCCGUGUAGCUCAGUUGGUAGAGCAUGGCGCUUGCAACACCAGGGUUGUGGGUUCGAUUCCCACGGGGGGCCAGUAUGAAAAAUAAAUAAAAAUUUAUGUACUCACUAACUGUAAGUCGCUCUGGAUAAGAGCGUCUGCUAAAUGACUAAAAUGUACAAUUUAAUUUCUCUUUGAGCAUGGUGCAGUUAUUAAUUACACUUUGGAUGGUGUAUCAAUACACCCAGUCACUACAAAGAUAAAGGCAUCCUUCCUAACUCAGUUGCCGGAGAGGAAGGAAACCGCUCAGGGAUUUCACCAUGAGGCCAAUGGUGACUUUAAAACAGUUACAGUUGAAUGGCUGUGAUAGGAAAGAACUGAGGAUGGAUCAACAACAUUGUAGUUACUCCACAAUACUAACCUAAAUGACCGAGUGAAAAGAAGGAAGACUCUACAGAAUAAAUAUAUUCCAAAGCAUGCAUCCUGUUUGCAAUAAGACACUAAAGUAAAACUGCACAAAAAUGUGUCAAAGAAAUGAACGUUAUGUCCUGAAUACAAAGCAUUAUGUUUGGGGCAAAUCCAACACAACACAUCACUGAGUACCACUCUUCAUAUUUUCAAGCAUGGUGGUGGCUGCAUCAUGUUAUGGGUAUGCUUGUCAUCGGCAAGGACUAGGGCGUUUUUUUUAAUGAUAAAAAUAAACGGAAUAGAGCUAAGCACAGGCAAAAUCCUAGAGGAAAACCUGGUUCAGUCUGCUUUCCAACGGGAUACUGGUAGACAAAUUCACCUUUCAGCAGGACAAUAACCUAAAACACAAGGCCAAAUAUAAACUGGAGUUGGUUACCAAGACGAAUGUUCCUGAGUGGCCUAGUUACUGUUCUGACUUAAAUCAGCUUGAAAAUCUAUGGCAAGACUUGAAAAUGGCUGUUUAGCAAUGAUCAACAACCAAUUUGACAGAGCUUGACAAUUAAAAAAAAAAAAAAGAAUGUGCAAAUAUUGUACUUACCCAGAAAGACUCAAAUCAAAUCAAAUCAAAUUUUAUUGGUCACAUGCGCCGAAUACAACAGGUGCAGACAUUACAGUGAAAUGCUUACUUACAGCCCUUAACCAACAGUGCAUUUAUUUUAAACAAAAAAGUAAGAAUAAAACAACAACAAAAAAGUGUUGAGGAAAAAAAGAGCAGAAGUAAAAUAAAGUGACAGUAGGGAGGCUAUAUAUACAAUAAAAUAAAGUGACAGUAGGGAGGCUAUAUAUACAGGGGGGGUACCGUUGCAUAGUCAAUGUGCGGGGGCACCGGCUAGUUGAGGUAGUUGAGGUAAUAUGUACAUGUGGGUAGAGUUAAAGUGACUAUGCAUAAAUACUUAACAGAGUAGCAGCAGCGUAAAAAGGAUGGGGUGGGGGGGCAGUGCAAAUAGUCCGGGUAGCCAUGAUUAGCUGUUCAGGAGUCUUAUGGCUUGGGGGUAGAAGCUGUUGAGAAGUCUUUUGGACCUAGACUUGGCACUCCGGUACCGCUUGCCGUGCGGUAGCAGAGAGAACAGUCUAUGACUAGGGUGACUGGAGUCUUUGACAAUUUUGAGGGCCUUCCUCUGACACCGCCUGGUAUAGAGGUCCUGGAUGGCAGGGAGCUUUGCCCCAGUGAUGUACUGGGCCGUACGCACUACCCUCUGUAGUGCCUUGCGGUCAGAGGCCAAGCAGUUGCCAUACCAGGCGGUGAUGCAACCAGUCAGGAUGCUCUCGAUGGUGCAGCUGUAGAAUUUUUUGAGGAUCUGAGGACCCAUGCCAAAUCUUUUUAGUCUCCUGAGGGGGAAUAGGCUUUGUCGUGCCCUCUUCACGACUGUCUUGGUGUGUUUGGACCAUGAUAGUUCGUUGGUGAUGUGGACACCAAGGAACUUGAAGCUCUCAACCUGUUCCACUACAGCCCCGUCGAUGAGAAUGGGGGCGUGCUCAGUCCUCUUUUUUUUCCUGUAGUCCACAAUCAUCUCCUUUGUCUUGGUCACGUUGAGGGAGAGGUUGUUGUCCUGGCACCACACGGCCAGAUCUCUGACCUCCUCCCUAUAGGCUGUCUCAUCGUUGUCGGUGAUCAGGCCUACCACUGUUGUGUCGUCGGCAAACUUAAUGAUGGUGUUGGAAUCGUGCCUGGCCAUGCAGUCAUGGGUGAACAGAGAGUACAGGAGGGGACUGAGCACGCACCCCUGAGGGGCCCCCGUGUUGAGGAUCAGUGUGGCAGAUGUGUUGUUACCUACCCUUACCACCUGGGGGCGGCCCGUCAGGAAGUCCAGGAUCCAGUUGCAGAGGGAGGUGUUUAGUCCCAGGAUCCUUAGCUUAGUGAUGAGCUUUGAGGGCACUAUGGUGUUGAAUGCUGAGCUGUAGUCAAUGAAUAGCAUUCUCACGUAGGUGUUCCUCUUGUCCAGGUGGGAAAGGGCAGUGUGGAGUGCGAUAGAGAUUGCAUCAUCUGUGGAUCUGUUGGGGCGGUAUGCAAAUUGGAGUGGGUCUAGGGUUUCUGGGAUUAUGCUGUUGAUGUGAGCCAUGACCAGUCUUUCAAAGCACUUCAUGGCUACAGACGUCAGUGCUACGGGUCGGUAGUCAUUUAGGCAGGUUAUCUUAGAGUUCUUGGGCACGGGGACUAUGGUGGUCUGCUUGAAACAUGUUGGUAUUACAGACUCAGUCAGGGACAUGCUGAAAAUGUCAGUGAAGACACUUGCCAGUUGGUCAGCACAUGCUCGGAGUACACGUCCUGGUAAUCCGUCUGGCCCUGCGGCCUUGUGAAUGUUGACCUGCUUAAAAGUCUUACUCACAUCGGCUACGGAGAGCGUGAUCACAUAGUCGUCCGGAACAGCUGGUGCUCUCAUGCAUGCUUCAGUGUUGCUUGCCUCGAAGCGAGCAUAGAAGUGGUUUAGCUCGUCUGGUAGGCUUGUGUCACUGGGCAGCUCGCGGCUGUGCUUCCCUUUGUAGUCUGUAAUAGUUUUCAAGCCCUGCCACAUCCGACGAGCGUCAGAGCCAGUGUAGUAUGAUUCAAUCUUAGACCUGUAUUGACUCUUUGCCUGUUUGAUGGUUCGUCGGAGGUCAUAGCGGGAUUUCUUAUAAGCGUCCGGGUUAGAGUCCCGUUCCUUGAAAGCGGCAGCUCUACCCUUUAGCUCAGUGCGGAUGUUUCCUGUAAUCCAUGGCUUCUGGUUGGGGUAUGUACGUACGGUCACUGUGGGGACGACAUCAUCGAUGCACUUAUUGAUGAAGCCAGUGACUGAUGUGGUGUACUCCUCAAUGCUGUCUGAAGAAUCCCGGAACAUGUUCCAGUCUGUGCUAGCAAAACAGUCCUGUAGCUUAGCAUCUGCGUCAUCUGACCACUUUUUUAUUAGCCGAAUCACUGGUGCUUCCUGCUUCAGUUUUUGCUUAUAAGCAGGAAUCAGGAGGAUAGAGUUAUGGUCAGAUUUGCCAAAUGGAGGGCGAGGGAGAGCUUUGUAUGCGUCUCUGUGUGUGGAGUAAAGGUGGUCUAGAGUUUUUUCCCCUCUGGUUGCACAUUUAACAUGCUGGUAGAAAUGAGGUAGAACGGAUUUAAGUUUCCCUGCAUUAAAGUCCCCGGCUACUAGGAGCGCUGCAUCUGGAUGAGCGUUUUCCUGUUGAUUAAUGGCCUUGUACAACUCAUUCAGUGCAAUCUUAAUGCCAGCAUUGGUUUGUGGUGGUAAAUAGACAGCUAUGAAAAAUAUAGAUGAAAACUCUCUUGGUAAAUAGUGUGGUCUACAGCUUAUCAUAAGAUACUCUACCUCAGGCGAGCAAAACCUUGAGACUUCCUUAGUAUUUGAUUUUGUGCACCAGCUGUUGUUUACAAAUAUACACAGACCGCCGCCCCUCGUCUUACCGGAGACUCACAGCUGUAAGUGCUGCCAAAGAUGAUUCUAACAUGUAUAGGGUGUUAAUACUUACAGUAUGUAAAUUAGAUUUCUGUAUUUCAUUUCAAUAAAUUAGCAAAAAACAUCUAAAAACAUGUGUUCACGUUGUCAUAAUGGGGUAUUGUGUGUAGAUGGGUCAGAUAAAAAUAAAUAAAAAAUCCAUUUUGAAUUCAGGCUGUAUCAAAAAAAUGUGGAAUAAGUCAAGGGGUAGGAAUACUUUCUGAAGGCACUGUAUGUGGGACGCUGCAUGCUCCAUGGUUGUCAGACCAGUGAUUUGAUAUUGGCAUGCACGGUUUUAAAACAACGUGUAAAAUGGCUUCAAAUAGAUAUUCAAUCUAGAAUGCUUUGGUAAACUAAAAUCGACCUCAAGAAAUGCACUUGAAUUUGAAUGAUGGGAAAUUGAAUUAAUUUGGAAUCUACCCACAACUUCCAAAUUCCAAUGGGGUUGACCCCACCUUGCUAUGAGUUUCAGUUGUGAAAGACUACGGUCACGCUAACAGCCCUGUAUCUGUGAGAGAAACCCCAUGUGUACCGGUCAUGCUAACAGCCCUGUAUCUGUGUGACCCAGAGAAACCCCAUGUGUACCGGUCAUGCUAACAGCCCUGUAUCUGUGAGAGAAACCCCAUGUGUACCGGUCAUGCUAACAGCCCUGUAUCUGUGAGAGAAACCCCAUGUGUACCGGUCAUGCUAACAGCCCUGUAUCUGUGUCCCUAGGGGAUGUGGCCCAGAGAAGGACCAUGCGUACCUGCAGCUGCACCAUCUCCCCCCACAGCAGCUGGCCACCCGUCUGCCCGGCAUCUCUGAGACCGCCAUGAUCUUCGCCGGCGUGGACGUCACCAAAGAGCCCAUCCCUGUCCUGCCCACCGUCCACUACAACAUGGGAGGAGUCCCCACCAACUACAGGGGACAGGUAACUAGUAGGACCCAUAGAAAAGCCCCCCGUGUAGCUCAGUUGGUAGAGCAUGGCACUUGCAACGCCAGGGUUGUGGGUUCGAUUCCCACGGGGGGCCAGUAUGAAAAUGUAUGCACUCACUUAACUGUAAGUCGCUCUGGAUAAGAGCAUCUGCAAAAUGACUAAAAAUGUUUUUAAAAACUGUCUGCAUAUAUUAUAUUUUUUUAAAGUCCUGUUGAAGAACCCUAAAAUAAGUAGACAGAUGCAAUGAGAACUGGACCUCCACUAGUUUGAUUACAUUAAACCUAUAUUAUAUAAUAACGAUAUACUGUCCUGUUCUCCACAGGUCAUCACCCACACGCCUGAGGAUGGUGACAAGGUGGUGCCAGGGCUGUUUGCCUGUGGCGAGGCUGCCUGUGCCAGUGUCCAUGGUGCCAACCGUCUGGGAGCCAACUCCCUGUUGGACCUGGUGGUGUUUGGACGCGCCUGCGCUCACACAAUCGCUGACAUCUGCACUCCAGGUAACAACUCAAUACUCUCUGUUUUUCAACCCUCAUCAAGACAAAAAGCACAUGCAUUAAUGCAUUGUCCCACAACUUUUCAGUGUAAAGGCCAGGGCAAUACUCCCUUGAAAAAGUAUCGCAAUGGCACUAACCUGGACGAAUAACAGAUUUUAAAUAGUUAAAUACGUUUUUACAAUCCUGACGAUGUGAUGGUUCUGCAGGAGAGAAGCUCUCCCCCCUGAAGCCCAACGCAGGAGAGGAGUCUGUUGCCAACCUGGACAAGCUGAGGUUUGCUGACGGUAGCAUGAGGACCUCUGAGAUCAGAGUGAACAUGCAGAAGGUAUGGAUCCUAAAAAUACAAAAUGGAACGGAUGUCUAACAUCCAUAUUAGGGAAUUGACCUUGGAUGUUUGUCAAAUUUACUGGUAACGGGCUUUAAUGAGGACUUGUACAGUACCAUCACAUCUUCUCUAAGCCUGUGUUCCCCUCUCUCUCUGCUGUCAGACCAUGCAGAACCACGCCGCUGUGUUCCGUACCGGCAAGGUCCUGAAGGAGGGAUGUGACAAGAUGGACGCCAUCUACCAGACCCUGGACGACAUCAAGACCUUCGACAGAGGUCAGCAUCUCAUUCCCUCUGCUGAUGUGAUAGGAAUUGUCUUUCAAUUGCCCCUUCUAGCAGAGGCAGACCUUUGUUGUCCCAUUGUUGGGCUUGGUUGUAAAAACAUCAAACAUACACGUAAAGAUGUUCUGUAGCAGUGUUCAAGUUCUGUCGUUCACUGUGUCCUCCCCUCAGGUAUUCCCCCUCAGGUAUUCACUCUCUCUUCCCCUCAGGUAUUGUGUGGAACACUGACCUGGUGGAGACCCUAGAGCUGCAGAACCUUAUGCUGAACGCUGUGCAGACCAUCAACUCCGCCGAGCAGCGCCAGGAGAGCAGGGGAGCCCACUCCAGAGAGGACUUCAAGGUAAGAACAAACCACUCCUAUAUUAGCCUGGUCCGCAAUGAGAAUUUGUUUUCUGGCAAAGUGAGAUUACUUCUUCUAUGCAUUCAGUGGUUUCAUUUUGUUUCACAGUAGGGGUCUUGAUGUGGACAUUUUUUUUGGGAUAUUGACAGACAAUGCUUUUAAUGCUGUAAACAUCCACCAUAAAACAACUAUAGGAGCUCUCUCCAGCAGUAGUUGUAACAAUAUGUAGACUGAUGUCAUUCUGAAAGAGGCCUAUGUAACAUUGCAGGACCGUAUGGAUGAGCUUGACUACGCCAAGCCUCUGGCGGGACAGGUGAGGAAGCCCAUGGAAGAGCACUGGAGGAAACACACCCUGUCCACUGUGGAUCAUAAGACAGGGAAGGUAAGUACGCUCACAAAACCAAGUCCAUGUCUAAUUGUGUUAACUUCAGAUGUAUUUUAUUUUUCUAAAUAUAAAUGACAGGAUUAGUUGUAACUAGGGUUGGUAUAACUGGGGAAGCCAAGCCAGGGGGCCAUAUUACAACCUGUGUUGUGAUAAUUGCGUUGUUUGCUCUAUAACCUGUUAGUUCGUAUGCCUUGCCACCGUGAUAUAUAUAUAGGCCUAAGUCCAAGACAAAAAGAAGACAGUGGCAGAAUAAAUUCAACCACACCUUUGUUUCAUCGCAAAACCGGAGAGCAACCUCUGUCCGGUGGAGUCCACAAAGCACAUUACAUGUAACAAACAGAUAAAUGACCUACAGCACGGUCAAUCAAGUUAAUGUUUCCGACAUUUUCCAACUACUAAACAACUAUUGAUUUAGAACCACAGAGAGUUACCGCAAGUCGCAAAGAAAACAGGAGCUGCCUCCACUACUCCAGCACCAUUUCAACUUCAACAUUUCAACAUCAUCAAAUCACCUCUGCUUAAUCUAAUAGUGACAACUAAAAGAUUCCAAAAACAAUUUAGUCCAAUCAACGUAAGCUAUAUAUCAUAUGGCUGUCCAUGAUGCUGAUUUCUGUGUUUUUGCGUAAGUAGAAAAAACAUGUUGACUCACCCUACUUGUAGAGAAAUGCCAAUGACAUCAUCAUCCUCUUUCAUGUUGCCUAAACGGUCUAUGACUCUGUCAUACAGUACACCCUUUUAGUUUUUGUUGUCCUCGGCUACCUGGCUAAAAUGCUGGCUCGCUAGCCCAACUUCCUUUCAUGGGCAAUCACUAGCCAGCUAGUUAACAUUAGCCUACUACAUCUAGCUACAUAUUGAACUUCCAUCCUCUCAGGCCAGAGGCACAAUGUAUGAAUUUAGGGUUGGAUCAGAAUCGCCGUUAUAAUCGUUGGCCAGUACGGAUAAUUAAGGAAAACCACAGGUCCAAAUCCCUAUCUCCAUCCAGGGCCAAUUUUAGCCCACCUGAGGACAACAACGGAACAAUUCAAGUUUUUUUUCUGUCAGUGACGUUUGGCGUCUGAUGUGAUUUGGUCUGAAGCCAAAUCCAAACUGGCUUCCCUUGACACUUUUUUGUGCACCAGGACCAUUCACAGCUGAGCUCACUCAGUUUUAGCUCAACGCUGAUUUGGUUAUUAUUGUAUUAAUUAAAAAAAUAUUAAGGGAGGCCAAAUGCUUGCUGGCUUCGCUAGCAUUCAAUGCUACGGGCGGCAACAGUAGAAUACUCUUAUUGACCAUAGAUGGGCUUCACGUACAGAGCAGAGACCGGGUCGGUGAGAUACAUUCAGCCCUUUGCCAAUUGAAGGAACAUUACGAAACACAGAGACGAACGAUACAUUAUUUUAUUUAGUAUUUUUUUUCUUGAUACAUUUUUUUUGGGGGGGGGUUUAUUUAUAUUUAUUUCACCUUUAUUUAACCAGGUAAGCCAGUUGAGAACAAGUUCUCAUUUACAACUGCGACCUGGCCAAGAUAAAGCAAAGCAGUGCGAUUUUAAAAACAACAACAACACAGAGUUACAUAUGGGGUAAACAAAACGUACAGUCAAUAACACAAUAGAAAAUAUAUAUACAGUGUGUGCAAAUGUAGUAAGUUAUGGAGGUAAGGCAAUAAAUAGGCCAUAGUGCAAAAUAGGAAGCCGAUUCUAGAUUUAACUUUGGAUUGGAGAUGCUUAAUGUGAGUCUUGAAGAAGAGUUUACGGUCUAACCGGACACCUAGGUAUUUGUAGUUGUCCACAUAUUCUAAGUCAGACCCGCCGAGAGUAGUGAUUCUAGUCGGGUGGGCGGGUUCAAGCAGCGUUCAAUUGAAGAGCAUGCAUUUAGUUUUACUAACGUUUAAGAGCAGUUGGAGGCUAUGGAAGGAGUGUUGUAUGGCAUUGAAGCUCGUUUGGAGGUUUGUUAGCACAGUGUCCAAUGAAGGGCCAGAUGUAUACAAAAUGGUGUCGUCUGCGUAGAGGUGGAUCUGAGAGUCACCAGCAGCAAGAGCGACAUCAUUGAUAUACACAGAGAAUAGAGUCGGCCCGAGAAUUGAACCCAGUGGCACCCCCAUAGAGACUGCCAGAGGUCCAGACAACAGGCCCUCCGAUUUGACACAUUGAACUCUAUCUGAGAAGUAGUUGGUGAACCAGGCGAGGCAGUCAUAAUAUCGUUUAGGACCUUGAGCGUGGCUGAGGUGCACCCAUGACCAGCUCGGAAACCAUUAUAGCCUGGCUUCCCUUGGCAUCCGUGAAUACAUGCCACUGUAGUUAUACUUAACUUAUAGUUAGUUAUAAGCAGUGGCGUAGCAUACUGUUGGUAUUUCCAAAUACCCCGGUACACGGUAUAAUGCCCAAGCCUAAUUGUAACAUACGUUCAUGCUUAAUGGCACAAUAAUAGCAGUCUAGGUACAUGCCAAUGUACAUUUGCCAUCACUCACUCAUUUCUACCUUUUUGUGCUUUUGUUACAGGUAACUCUGAAAUACAGACCGGUUAUUGAUAACUCACUGGAUGCAGAGGACUGUGCUGCUAUCCCUCCUGCCAUCCGUUCCUAUUAAGCACAUAUCUAUCCAAUGCCAACUAUUUUAUGUAUGAUCAGAAUUUAGGCUUUUGCAGUGAUCAUUUAUAUGAAGUUUCAACAGGACUCUCCUUUUGCUCAUAAAUACUAUACGUGACAAUAAUAAACUGAAACCUACUGUAAACUUAAGAGAAAUGUGCAAACUUGACUGUUUUGUGUGUACUUUAAACUUUCACUAUUUCACAUUUGCUAUAGUUCUUACAGGCAAAUACAUAUUUAAAUAUUGAAUGAUUCUAGAAAUCUGUGUAAAAAGAAAAGCGCAAUCACGGUUGGGGGUGGGGGGGGGAACCCCAUGUUUAAGAUAUCCACACACAAUGCCAAUACAAUACUCCAUUUGUUAACUCUGUGGCCUUCUUUGCUCAAAGAAACGCACAUUUUCUCAGCUGUAUGUAAAGUUCUGUUCAUCUUGCUAGCUUCAUGUAUUGUUGGGUUUUAUCUUCAUAAUAAAGAUGCUCAAAUAACUAAA